AAACAAUUAACAGAAUUGAAUUCGGUACCGAUCAAUAAUAAUUAAAAAAUAAUAUUACCCACACAGUCAUUGUAAAAAGUAACAGAAUGAACAUUUCUGAGCUUCCUGGUGAUGACGAUUCAGGGCCUACCUGCAGAACAUACGUCUUCCGAAAUGAAAGCCAUACAUUAGGGAAUUCAUUAAAAUGUAUUAUAAACAAAUAUGAUGAUGUUGAAUUCUGUGGAUAUACUGUUCCACACCCAGCAGAAUCAAAAAUGCAUUUUAGGAUACAAGCCAGAGAAACACCUGCAUUGGAAGUUCUAAAAAGAGGUCUGAAAGAUCUAGAAAUGGUGUGUGAUCACACCAUAAAUUUAUUUGACAAAGAAGUGAAAAGAUUUAAUAAAGUAUAGAAUGCAAAAAACAUUAUUUGAAUCUAUGCAAUGGCUGUUCUCACAUCUGGAGCCCUGUACAGAACUUAAAAGCUUUUCAAAGUCACUUUCCUUGACUGAUCCUUGAACAUCUUCAAAUUUUGUGCUCUUCUGUAAAAAAGGCAACCAGUGCUUCUUUGGGCAACCAAAGACGUGCCACAGGACUGUACGACACUUGCAAUAUCAGGACUGUCAGUUAUCUCAAAUUAAAUUUGUUAUAUCUACAGGCUUUGGCAACUGCUUAACACCAAGUGGACCAUGAGCCCACGUAUGCAAUAAAAAAUCCAGUUAUCCAAUGUAAAUUGGAUAUUUUUGCUGGAUACAUUACUGUAAUGUAAUAUUUUUUAUUUACAACUGCAGUAGCUACUCAUGUCAAACUUUUGUUCAAUGUCAAUAGUGUCAAUUGCAUUAUACAGUUCUACAGUUGAAAACUGAAGAUUACAUUGCAACAGAAAUGUGAAGGUAAUGACUGGAAAGGGAAUCUGUGAGAGCUUAAAGUAUGUCCAAUCAGUAAAAAUGUUCAGUAGGUGAUCAAAUUUAAAUGACUAUCAGGCAUUUGUCAGGAAAAUAGGAAGACUACUUUUGAUAUCGAUUUUAUAUAUACCUAUUGACAAUUGAAAUAUUAGCUAAGCUAAGCUGUCGAAGUCGUGGCCUAAAGGAUAAGACGUACAGUGCAUUCGUGUUGAGCGAUGCACCUGU